UAGCCAGUAUGAACAGGAGGAACGAUUACAGUAAGAAAUACCUCAUUCAGUGUUCAUUUAAGCACCUGACUGUUGUUCGAAGGCAGACUUUAAAAAUUGUGAAUCCGUCCUUUAUGCACACAUUUAUGAUAACACUUACCAAUUCCCAAGUUUUAAAUGCUGGACUUUUACUUGUAAUGGAGUAUUUUUAAUGUGUAGUAUUGCUACUCUCACUUUGCUCACUGAGGUGACCACAGAGACAUUACUCUCAUAUUCGUCACUCUCCCAAUUGUUGCUUCCUUAUCUAAUGUAAUUAGAUUUAAAUCCUGUAAUGACAAACCCAAAUCCAGUCUGUGCAGUACAAGUGAUAUACACCAUACAAUAAUAAUACAAUACUAUGAAAUAUCCAUAACAGAGUACCAUGAUUUGUAGCAUAUAAUUUAAAAGUACAAUAAUAAUAGUAUAAGUGGUGGUAUAGUAGUACUUAUAUGACAUUAUGCAUUGCAAUGUAGAGUUAGAUAUGUUGCCACCACUUAUAUUUCUACUCAUAUAGUAAUAAUAAAAAUAAUAGUAGAAAUAUAUAAUUGAGGAUAAAGCACAGGUGUUUUUCAAUCAGAAUCAUCUUUAUUGGCCAACUAUGUUGAUAUAUACAAGGAAUCUGACUCUGGUUUAGUGGCUCUCAAUGUUCUUACACAAAAGAACAACACAACAAGCUUCAGAUACAAAAGGACUGUCUGUAUACAGGUGAAACUGUUUCUGUGGUCUGUAAACAGGAAUCAAACAGUGCAAAGGUGUGAAAACUGGGCAGAGUGCAACAUUAAAGCCGAAUGCUGACUUAUCUAAUGAUGUCCAUGUGUAAAAAUCACUAUAGAGGCCAGAGAGGUUGGAGAGGAUGGAUCAAUUUAUUUAAUUUUGUUAAGAUAAUAAAAUAUAAUCAAAAAUGUUGACAUUACUUUCAGGAGGAAAGUAUUUGUUCUUUAAAUUCUUCAGAACUGUACUUGACAGUCAUGGUGUUACAGGCCAGAGUUUAUAAUGUACUCUUUCUUCUCUGUUUGCCUUCAUCUCAGGAAUAAACACAAAGACAGACAAAAAAAAUGGCAGACAGCGCUGGUCAAAAGGGCAACUCUGGCGUCUUUACUAAAAAAGUCCAAAGACAGCUGAGCAGAGGCAAAGAAAAGGUACUGCAAAAGCUGGGGAAGACCGUGGAGACCAGAGAUGACCAGUUUGAACAUUGUAUCCAACAGUUUACUGACCAGCAGACUGACGGGAACCGAAUAUUCAAGGAUCUGAGGGCCUACAUUAAUGCAGUCAGAGACAUGCGGGAAGCUUCAAGACGUCUUUCCCAGUCUUUGUUUGAUGCUUAUGAAUCUGACUGGGUCGGAGAGGAUGACUUAGGAGCCAUUGUUGAGGGGGAGGACCUCUUGUGGAAUGACUACGAGGUGAAGCUAUUAGACCAGGCCGCACGAACCAUGGAGUCAUAUGUGAGCCAAUUCCCAGAUGUCAGGGAGAAAGUUGCCAAGAGGGGAAGAAAGCUGGUCGACUACGACUCUGCCCGUCACCACCUGGAGGCACUGCAGACUGCUAAGAAGAAGGAUGAUGUCAAGAUAAACAAGGCAGAGGAAGAGCUGAACGCUGCCAAAAGUGUUUAUGAAGACAUCAACAACGAGCUAAAAGACGAGCUCCCUGCACUCAGUGACAGCCGCAUCGGAUGCUAUGUGUCAGUCUUCUCAGCCGUAUCAAAUGUACGAGACAUCUUCUAUAAGGAAAUGAGCAAGCUCAACCUUGAUCUACACAAUGUGAUGAAGGAGCUGCAGGCCCAGCAUCCAGACAAAGUGUUUACUGUGAAAGGGCUGCAACGGUAUGGCUCCUUGAAGAGACGAACUCUGUCACCUAGGCAAUGGAGGACCAGCUUCUCUGAGUUUCACAGGAGCCUCAGUCCUAAAACUGGGAGAUUUAGUUUUAAGUCCCCGGACAAACCUCGCCAUAGUUCACUGCCCAGAGGGAGCAGCUUCCAUGCAGUCUCCCCAAAAUCCAUGUCCAGGGAUCUGGACGCAGAAUCCAGCCGAAGCGAUCCUGCUGCACAAGAUGACAGCGCAGCGGGGGCGGCUGGAAAUGAGCUGAAGCCAGACAAAGACAGCGAUCAGGUGGAAGGGGAAAAGGGCCUGAAAGAAGAAGAGUCUGAGCCAAAGCCUCCUGCAGAAUCUGAUAAUAAGAGUGCUGAGAAAGCUCCACUGAGUUAUAGCAGCUCUGAACUGAACAACUCCUGUGAUUCAGAGAGCUUGGAGCUCCAGCUGUCUGCAGCAGACAACAACCCGCUGCACAUUGAAGAAGGGGACGACAGCUCAGUAACACUCAGCACUCCUAAACCAAGCAGACUGAAGAACGGUGAAGUUUCUGGGUUUAACCCUGACGCUCAGAAGGAUGCUUCUGCAGAAAAACAUGACUCAAAAAGCACAGAGGUUUAAAGUUCUUACACUUUUUGCACAGGAUAGCCCUGAAGAGAUUGAAGCCGACAGCUGCAAAAGAGAAAAAAAAUCUGGAGACAGCCGCACUCAAGUAUCCAACUGUGGCGUCAGAGCUUCACAGAUACAUGUUGCGUGUUGACUUGUUGCUGUUAGUUUGUUUUUUUUAAUGUAUCUUUUAUUAGAAUUAGUUGCACACACAGUAUACAUUAUGGGCAAAACUUAAAUUCAUCUUUCAUCUGUUUUAUCUGUUUCAUCUUAAUUAUCCUUUCAAAUAUGGAUACAUUACAGCAGGGUGAUUAUCCCACUCAUUGCAUCAUAUUCUGCACUAAGCAGGUACAUUUUAAAAUCAGAGUACUUAUCUUAUGAGCUGAAUACUAGUUAACACACUACUAGGUUUACAUUAUUCAAACACUUACUGACUACAGCAUAGUCACUGUAUGCAGAUGUAUUGUGCUAUGGUGUCAGUUUCAUAAGGAACUAAGCUACGCUUCACUGUCACGUUGCCAUUUUAACCAGUUGAUAGCAGGGAUUUACUUAAGAUUCAUUAUUUUUUAAAAACUUCUGUUGCCAUUUUAGCUUGAAAUAAAUGUAUGUUUGAUCACUUUUACUCACAAUAUUGGAAUCUAUGAACUAGCUGCACACUAGGAAGAUAAAUCCACAUGUAACUUACUUUCUAUCUUUUUUGAAUCAUGUUUAUACUAAAGCUUUUUCUAUUUUUUCUAUUUGAAUGAAUUGAUUAAUACGCAUAUAUAAGGUUAAUAUAUACAUAUAUAUAGGAAUUAUUGUGAAAUAUGUUCAGUUAAAUAAUAAAAAUGCAUUAAAUUUCAAACUUGUCAACAGCUGAGGUUGCUGCUCUGCUCACUGAGAUUCAAAAUGAGAAACGAGGUCUCACUCAGCCCGGAUUUCACUGCUCUAAAAAUGUCAACAACAUAACUUGCAUUACUGGACAAGCUGGGAGUUAUGGCUUUUUGCAACGAGUAUCCAUCAUUUUAAAUACUCUGAGGUUUAUUUGGACCAAACUCUAAACAAGACUGAGCGUAAUAUCAAAUUCCAGAGCUAAAAUGUCGGGAAUAGUCUGGCUAAGAGAGGUUAGCCUCUACUGGAUCAAUAUGUUAAAACAUAAUGUGUGUUUUUAUUUAUACUUCAUUUGUUAUAAAAGAAAUACAACAGGUGUGAGCUUCCUGAAAUUUGGUGUGGUCAAUUGACCCGAAUAUCUCUCUUCUUGAGCUGUAACAACACAAAUGUUUAUUAUGGUA